AUGUUGGGCCGGGAUUCUGGUUUCUCCAACGUUUCCGAAGGUGUCGAUGCCUGUUCCGCUGUUGCUGCUGCUGUUGCAAAAGAAGCUGCUGCUGAUAAGCGGCCUGAGCCUGUUGUUGGGCCUGGGCCUGCUGCUGCUGAGCAAGUUGCUGCUGAUAGAGCUGCUGUUGGUACAAUUGCUGCUGCAUGGCCAUGUCCUGCCGACGAUCUGGCCCAUGUCCUGGCCCUGCGGAUAGUAUCCGUACAUGGUUGGGGGCUGGGCGGAGGAGUCAUCGUCCAAGUCCAGCAAGUUGUUGUUGCGUUUGCGCAUCUCUUCCUCUUCGAGGCUGAGUUGGAUGGCCCUGUCCAGACUGUCGUCGCUCUGGUUUCUGCGUCUGCGUUCCUCUUCCUCGGCGGUCAUUCUGCUCUCUUCAAGAGCCUUCUGCAACGCCUCGUCUCCAACAGCGUCAGCGACUUGGCCACGUGCCGCCAGUUCUUGCCCUUGUCAUUGAGCCGGCGGUCCACCAUGUCCAUCACCUCCAGGAACUCUCCGCUCUCGUACGUGUGGUUGGCAACGUCUGCCAUCUGGGCCGUGGUGGGGCCUGUCGGGUCAUUGCUGGUGGCGUUUCUCACCAUCACCUGGACCGACGAGUACCCGUUGGCCACGUUCUUGAUGGAUCUUAUCACAGACUUGGUGGUCGACAUGUGCAAAACCUAA